ACAUAUAGAAGGCUCAGAUAAAACAAAAAUAACUAGUCUCGUUGACAGUCCUGAUUUUUGCAGUUAUUUUUCAGACCCUUCCAGCUACGCCACUGGUAGAAAAAGACAGACGAUUGCAAAUUCCGCGAAUAAUUAAUUCAACAACUACCUCACUUUAUUUAGUUGUUAAAAGUGCCAAAACAAUCAAAACCAACUCAAACUUAAUUAUCUACGCACCAAAAAAGCAAAAAACCGGUUGCGUAAUUCUAACUAGCGGGAUUUCGGUCUCCCGAGCCCGCAAUGUUUGGUUGUCAAGCGCUUGUCAUGUCAUUGCAUAACAAAAAGUGAGGUUAUGUGCCGCUGUUUUUAUUACAUUUAUUAUUGUUUUGAAACUUAAUAGUCCAAUUUGUGUCAAUGAUGUUGACAGCAGAUAAACCCUCCCACUCUUUCACUUCCAUUUCCUGUGUUUUUUUGUGAAAUUAGUAAAAUGUACUUCCAACGAAUAACCUCAAAAUUUUACAAAAUUUGCAAACUGCGUAGGCACGUAUCCGUUGGGGCGAAAUUUUCAGACAAUAGAGUAAUUAAAUCCAAAGCGGCGAACCUCAUCAUCCCGAAUCAACUCAUCCCAGAUUAUAUUUGGCAAGAUCUGGGUAAGUGGCACGACAAGACCGCUGUGGUUUGUUUUGAAACAGGAAAGUCGUACACGUUCAACCAGGUUUACUUAAAAUGUAGGAAUUUGGCGGGAAGUUUACGGAGGAAAUUUAGUUUGGAAAAGGGGGACACGGUGGCGGUGAUUCUGCCGAAUGUGGUGGACUUCCCGGUGGCUUUUUUGGGGGCUAUUCAGGCGGGGCUUGUAGUCACGACGGUGAAUCCUUUACACAAUGCAGACGAAAUGGCAAGACAGCUCAGCGAUUCUGGUGCUAAAAUAAUUUUCACGGUUAGGGAUAUUUUAACUGUUGUCAACACUGCCAUGAGCAUCCUAGGGGAAAAAAUUCCAACUGUGAUAGCAGAAGCACAACCUGCUGAUUGUUUUCCACAAGGUUGUAUCAAAAUGAGCGAACUGUGUGAUAAUAGUAACAAUAACGGUAACGCGUUGCCAGAAGGUAGUCCCGAUGACGUGGCUAUUUUACCAUAUUCCAGCGGGACCACUGGGUUUCCCAAAGGUGUUCAAUUGACUCAUAGAAACGUCGUCUCGAAUUUAUACCAAAUGUCAUCGCCGGACUUUAUAGUCAAUUUAAAAACUGAAGGUAGCUUCCAGGACGUGAUCCCUGUGUUCCUUCCGCUUUUCCACAUAUACGGAAUGGUGGGGAUUUUCCUCAACUUCUUUGCUCAAGGCUGUAAACUAGUUAUGAUCCCGAACUUCAUUGGGUCUCAGUUCAUCAAACUGUUACAGUAUUACCAACCCACGUUGUUGUUCGCAGUCCCCCCAAUGAUCGUAGUAGUAUUAAACAACCCUAAAAUCAAAGUCGACGACUUAAAAUCCGUGAGGACGAUAAUCUCGGCAGCUGCCCCUCUCGGCUCGCUUUCUGUGGAAGAAUUCAACGACAAGAGCAGCGGUAAAAUAACCCUUCUUCAGAUGUACGGGAUGACCGAAACUUCCCCUUUAACCCUAAUGCAAACCCCUAAACUCGCCAACGGUACGAAAAUCGGCGGCAGCGGCUUCCUCAUCCCCAACACCGAAGCCCAAAUCAUCCCCCAAACCAGCGCACAAUCCGGCGAAUUGUUAGUACGAGGCCCCCAAAUCAUGAAAGGGUACCACAACAACCCAGAAGCCACCCGGGACGCCAUUUUGCAAGAUGGCUGGCUGCGCACCGGCGACAUUUGCUACUACGACGAACACCAACAUUUCUUCAUCACGGAUCGGUUGAAAGAACUAAUCAAAGUUAAAGGGUUUCAAGUAGCCCCCGCUGAACUUGAAGAGAUUCUGAUGAGUCAUAGCGCCGUCGUGGACGCGGCCGUGGUGGGAAUCCCGCACCCGGUACACGGGGAAGCCCCGAAAGCGUUUAUCGUCGUCAAAAAGGGUCAAUCGGUGAACACGGACCACGUUAAAGAAUUCGUCGCAGCCAAAGUCUCCAGUUACAAGAGAUUGGUAGGGGGUGUGGUGGUCACGGAGAAAAUCCCCAGGAAUUGUGCCGGGAAAAUUCUGAGAAACGAAUUGAAGAAUAUGUGAUCUACGCAAUAUUUUUUUUUAUUUUGAAUAAAAUAUUCUAGUGA